GAGAGAGAGAGAGAGAGAGAAUGUUUGGGAGGGUGAGGCCAUCAUCGACUAGAUCCAUGGAAAUUUUGGAAUUGGAGAGGCCACCUUCUAAAAUCAUGAAGGACGACCCUUUCUCCAUCUAUGAGGCCACACUAACGAAGCUUAGUCAAGGUUCUCGUCGUGAUCUAAGCUUAAUUCCUGAAGACUGUGCGAAGACAACUGAAAGUUUUACCUUGACAAGGAUUACACAAGAUGACGAGGCAGUGAUGAUAAAUGCUGAUUGUUCGACUCAUUCUUUAGAGGGUUCUAGUGAUAUUCCAUCCAUGGGAACCUCGAAAGAGCAAUGGAGCAGGAAUGUGUCCGUUCUUUACUUGUUUUCCAGGUAUAAGAGUUCUCAAAAUGCUGUAAGCUCUCCUGAUGAGGAAACAAUGGUGAAAAAAGACAGUUGUUCGUCUGCCAGUAUUUUUGAGCCAUAGCAACUAUCAUUUGAUGAUCUGCAUAAGAAAGCAUUUGCAACAGAAAUUUGUUUGCUCUUCCCCUGCUAUUCCAAGUUAAGAAUUGGAUUAGGGUUUUU